UACAGUCAGGACAUUAUGAUGUGGAAUAGUGACAGCAAGGCACGACCCACUGGACUUUGGGUUUCCACUACAGCAAUCACCUCCCCACACUAUAUAAAAACAGAUGUGAAAGAGCCACCUUCACACUUGUUCUUCGACAGGACAGCGUCAAUUAAAACACACUGACACAGACUAAAACUAAACACCAUGAAGGUUCUUGUUGUGCUUGCACUUGCUGUAGUUACAGGUUGCCAGGCGAACCUAUUCUACGCUGAUGAGCCCAAGCCACAGCUGGAGCAGCUGACAGAUGCUUUCUGGAGCUAUGUGGCCAAGGCAACACAAACCGCAGAGGAAACCAUCAAGAUGAUCAGGUCUUCUCAACUGGGAGAGGAAGUCAAUACUAGGCUGACCCAGAGUGCUGAUAUGGCCAGCGAAUAUGCCGUCACCCUCAAAAAACAGAUGGAUCCUCUGGCUGAAGAGCUGAUGACCAAAAUCACCAAGGAGGCUGAAGUGUUGAGGGAGCGUCUGGGCCAGGACUUGAUGAGUGCAAGAGACAAACUGGAGCCCUAUGCUGACAACCUCAAGAGCCAGAUCCAGCAGAGAGUGGAGGAGCUCAGGACGGCCAUGGCUCCAUAUGCUGACUCCCUGGAUUCUGAGACCCUGAAGGCCACUCUGCUCCAGAAGAGUGAGGAGCUGAGAGGAAACCUGGAGCAGAGCGUGAAGGAGAUGCAGGCUCAGAUGGAGCCCUACACUGCUGAGAUCAAGGAGAGGGUGGACCAGCAUCUGCAGGACUUUCAGAAGACCGUGACCCCCCUGACUGAGGAUCUCCAGACCCAGAUCAGAGAGAAAGCCCAGAUGGUCCAGCAGAGUCUCACACCCUAUACUGAAGACUUGAAGGAAAAGCUGGACCCUUACGCACAGGACCUGAAGGCCCAGCUCACCUCCCUGUAUGAGUCCUUCAUCAAGAGAAAUUAGAUGCCCCCAACAAACUUUUGCCAACUGCUGCUAAUGUAAUUAAAUGUUAUAUUCAGUUCAAUGUGGUUAACAGCAGUUGACCUUACAGUGACCUGAUGGAAGUAUUUAUUCUCAGUUUUAAUUUAAACUAAAUAAAUGUUUUGUCAAAUGAAA